AUGCUGGACAUGGACAUGAAGGCGGUCGAAGAAGGUCGGCCAAGUCGGCUUUCCAGUGCAAAACACCAACAACGAAGGUCUUUGUAUUCAAAUUGGGCGUCUCCAGGGAAGCCAACUACUACUUCAGAGCUCGAGAACGGUGCGCUGCGAGAGGGCGGGCCGCUUAAUUUAUUGACCAGAAAAAGCAUCGGUCUACUUGCACAAUACGCAGGUGUUGGAUUCCUCACGGGUGUCAUUCCCGGUGUCAUCUAUCCCGUGCUCCAGGGGUACCUCAAUGCCGAAGGAACCACCAUCGUAUCUGCAAAUGUGCUUGUGAAGCUUCCGUGGUGCUUCAAGAUGUUUUUUGGCGUGAUCAGUGACUGCUUCCCGGUCAUGGGCUACCGCCGUCGUCCGUACAUGGUCAUUGGCUGGGUGUUUUGUGUCGCGGUUCUUUUGGUCAUGGCAGCGACGGACGUCCCUGAUCCAUACUACGGCGACGCUGCAAUGCACUUCAUCAACGAGGACAAGUGGACUCUGGACCAAAUCGCGAGCAUAAAUGCGCAUGCCCCGAAUUCUGCGGCCAAGUACGUGGUGCCUAUGAUGCUUGCUUCGUUUGGCUACCUCUUGUGUGAAGUGGCGGCUGAUGCCAUGGUUGUCGAGCACGCACAGCGCGAGCCUAUCGAGCAGCGUGGACGAGUUCAGACAGCCGUGUACACUGUCAAGACGUUGUUUACUGCAGUGGGCACCGCCGUCAUCGCUUUCUGCAUGAACGGAGAAGAGUAUGCUGGCUCAUUCAGUUUUGCACUCUCGUUCCAGCAGUCGAUGAUGAUCACAGGCAUCGUCUGUGCGCCCUUGGUUCUUGUGUCGUGGUUUUUGAUUGAAGAAGAACGCGUGGUGGAGAACGUGCCCUUCCGCAAGUACAUGUUGUCGUUCUGGACUUCGCUACAACAACGAGCCAUUUACCAGAUCGUGGCGUACAAGUUUUUGUCGGGCGUCUUCAACUGCAUCAACAUCGUGUCUGCCAGCAACAUCAAACUGUACUGGGUCCAUGUUACUCCUUUUAACAACAGUUUGAUGUUAAUUGCUGGUACCAUGUUAUACGCAAUGACGCUCGCUAUCACGGGCAAGUACGGACUUAACUGGAACUGGCGCACAAUCAUCAUUAUCACAAUGUGUAGUGCCGUAUUCUUGGAUGCCGUCAUGACGAUGCUCACGAUUUGGGACGUGGUGCGCAACCAGUGGUUCUGGCUCGGCAUUCCAGUCAUUGAGGAUUUACCGGAUGGCAUCCGUUUCAUGAUUGCCUCCUAUGUUGUCGUAGAGUUGGCUGAAGUUGGCCACGAAGGUGCUCUAUACGGUUUGUUCACGGCUACUACAAACUUGACGACGCCAUUUGGUCGAUCUCUGGCUAAGGUGGUGAACGCGCAGUUUCAUGUCUGGCUGAAGGAUAUCCGGGCGGAUACGUACAUCGUGCGUCGCGAUGUGACCAUCACAGUUUGGAUUCGCUACAGCAUGAAGCUGUUGUCACUGGCGUUCUUACCAUUACUUCCUCGCCAGAAGGCAGAGACGCAAGAAUUGAAGCGUACAGGCGGAUCUAGCCGGCUCAUGGGCAUCAUCACGGUGGGGUACCUGUCGUUUGCACUUGUAUGGGCGACUUCGGUCAACUUGUUGUCCAUGUACGAGAGCACGAUGUGCUCGAAAGUUACUGGAGGCUGCGGACCAGCGUCUUGA